AUGGCCACUUCCCUUGAACAGCUCAAAGCAACUGGCACCGUUGUUGUCUCCGACUCUGGCGACUUCGAAACCAUCGAUGUUUACAAGCCCCAGGAUGCCACCACUAAUCCAUCGCUUAUCUUGGCUGCCGCCAACAAGCCUGGAUACGCUCGUCUCAUCGAUGCUGCCGUGCAGUAUGGAAAGUCGAAAGGCGGAAGCAUUGACGAUCAGACAAACGCUGCCAUUGACCGCCUUCUUGUCGAAUUCGGCAAGGAAAUUCUUGCUAUCAUUCCCGGACGUGUUUCCACUGAAGUCGAUGCCCGCCUUUCUUUCGAUAAAGAGGGCACCAAGGCCAAGGCCAAGGAGCUCAUCGCUCUCUACGAGUCUGUUGGCAUCAAAAAGGAGCGAGUUCUUAUUAAAAUCGCAUCCACCUGGGAAGGUAUCCAGGCCGCUCGCGAACUCGAGCGUGACGACGGUAUCCACUGCAAUCUCACACUUCUCUUCGGCUUUGGACAAGCCGUUGCCUGUGCUGAAGCCGGUGUUACUCUGAUCUCACCCUUUGUCGGACGUAUCCUCGAUUGGUACAAGAAAUCCACCGGCAAGAACUAUGAAGGUGAUGAGGAUCCUGGUGUCAAAUCUGUGAAGAAGAUCUUCAACUACUACAAGCAACACCACUACAAGACUAUUGUCAUGGGGGCUUCUUUCCGAAAUGUUGGAGAGAUCAAGGCCCUUGCUGGUGUCGAUUUCCUCACCAUCGCCCCCUCCCUUCUUGAGGAACUCAAGAAGUCCACCGACCCUGUUCCCAAGAAACUCGACUCUAACGCUGCCGCCCAAGCCGACCCUAUCCCAAAGGUUAGCUUCAUCGACAAUGAGCCCGAGUUCCGAUGGGCUCUUCUUCAAGACCAAAUGGCCUUUGAUAAGCUCCACGAGGGUAUCAAGAAGUUCGCCGAAGACGGUGAAACCCUCAAGAAUCUCCUCAGGGCUAAGAUCUCCGCCUAA